AUAUAUUCCUGGAACGUUGGUUGCACGUUGCUGUCAUUAUAUUAUAUCGAUUUUGCUGCUAAAAUACAUUGAAUAUGAGUGAAAAUGGUGAAUAUGUGUUUCAGCGGUCAAGGUCUGCAUCCAGAGAAUCCCGUGACACAGGUGAACAUUCUGGAACAUCGGUAGGAGAAGAGGACAACAACUCAGAGGCCUCACAUUCACUGUCUGUACACUCUUCACCCCUGUCUAGGUCCAAGUCGGGAUCUCCAUACAAUUACAACAAUCAGCGUCGUUCAGGUUACUCAAGGUCUCGGUCACCACGCUCCAGAUCAAGGUCACCACGCCAUCGUAGGAGGAGAUCAUACAGCAGAUCUCGUAGUCGCAGUCGAUCUCGAUCCCGAUCAAGAAGUCCUUAUGGAGACCGGAGACGACGGCCAGGUAAAAGCAGAAGUUACAGAGACUAUGACAGAGGACGCAGAAAUUCCUACAGAAGUCGAUCGAGAACACCACCAAGGCGAGGAUACAGAGGGAAAAGAGACACCUCGCCAAUGUCAAACAGACGAAGACACCAAGGAAAUAGGGAUAACCCAGAACCCACAAGAUGCUUAGGUAUUUUUGGGUUAAGUCUCUAUACACAAGAACGAGACCUUCGUGACGUGUUCUCUCGCUACGGAACGUUAGAAGAAGUACAAGUUGUUUAUGAUAGACAGAGUGGUCGUUCAAGAGGAUUUGCAUUUAUCUACUUCAGAAAUAUUGAAGACUCCAUUGAGGCAAAGGAUAGAUGCACUGGAAGUGAGAUUGAUGGACGAAGGAUCCGAGUUGACUACUCCAUCACUGAGAGAGCACACACACCCACACCAGGAAUAUACCUUGGCAAACCAACAUCGAGUGGGUACAGUGGUGGCAGUCGACGGAGAUCCCCAUCACCUUAUCAUGGCAGAAGAGGACGGUACAACUCUCGGUCACGAUCACGCUCAUUUUCUCCACGUGGUCAUUAUUGAGAGCUUGAUAAAGUUCUCAGCAGGAGGUAGCAGAUGUAAAUUGUUCAAUACCAAGACUGAGCAUAGGUGCAUGCAGGAUCCUUCAUGUGGAAAUUCUAAUAUAGGUGUGCGGACGAUGGAAUCUUUUCUGUGUACAUAAAAUGCUUCACAACACCCUCAAGAAAACUUAGUGACAUGUAGACUGUAAUUAGUUGAGCUUGGUGUUGUCUAGACUCAUGACAUUGUUUUAUUUGGGCCUUGUUAGUCUCCCAAAUGAUUUCAUUUUGUUCAGUAUUUUUCCAACGUCUAUGUACUUUUUUAUGAAUUUGUUUCUCUGAGGAUACAAAUGAUAUCCUGUCUUGAUGAGAUCUUGUGAGGGAUCGUCAUAAAUGUCUCACAUUUUGGGUUAGAUUUUUUAAUUUGGGUAGCCACUAAACAUUUUAAGAAUCGAAACAUAGGUUUACCUUGAGUUAAAUUUUGAAAUCUGCCUGUAGUCUUGUACUCGGAGAAGAAUGAAAUUGUAAUCCUCAGUGAGAACACCAGUAAUAUAAUUUGAACCAACUUAUGUCUGGGUUUCUGUUAGUUCACCUGUAUCGAAUUGUACAAGAGAAAAAUUGGCAGGUUUUGAUGGAUAUUUAUAAGAUUUUUUAAGUUAAUUGAUAAAGUUUGGAAGAAUUUGUAAUUUGGUUAGAACUUGUGUUGUCUUCAACAAGUAGUGAACAAAAUAUCUGGGAAGUUUGGUAUAUAAUCACUGAUCCUUGUAUAAGUAGAAUUCUCCUGGAUUGUAUAUAAUGACACAAACUGUAUUAUAUUGUUUACUUUUACAAGUUUCUCUAUACAUUUCAUAUUGCCCAGCUGUAGAAACUUAAUAGAAGUCAAUAUAUCACAUGAUGGCCAUUCAAUGUUUGAUAUUAUAUUUUUAAUGGUUUUUUUUUUUUUUUUGCUAUUCACAUUGGUGUAUAAAUAUCUAAAUUUGUCACUAUUCACAUAUUCAGGUGUGAUUUUUAAAUUGUGCAAGAAAGAGCAAAUAUUGACAGCAAAAGCAAAUGUGUGCAGUUAUCUUAAUCAGUCACGUAUUUAUAUCAAACCAAGUCUGUCUGAAUGCAAGAUUUGGUCCAAAUUCAGUCUUCAAUUUUUUUAAUUUUUGGAUUGUAAUAUCCAGUAAAUUGUAUGAUUUUGAAAAAUGCAGAGAAGUAGAACAAUUUAUACGAAGAUUUCUAUUGGGAUCAAGCUGUUACCUGUCCAUGUCAAAUAUCUAUAAGAAUAUAUACCUAGUAAUAGAAUAAGACCUAACAAGUGUUAGAAUUGAAAUUUCAUUUUAAGCAUUCUCUCCUGAAAAAACCAACAAAGAAGAAUCUGAUUGUAUUGUGAAGGGAGAUAACUUGUUUGUACUAUUGUACUGACUUUUUCUAUUUUGCAUUAUAAAGGAUGAUGAAGAAAGAAAAUUGAAGAUUGAAGUAAGAAAUUGAAGAUCUAGAAUGCGCAAUGUUCUUCACAUGGUGUUAUGGGUUGAAGUAGUACCAAAAUAUGAAGAGAAGAAUAAAUCAGUUCUGAAGAUUGAAGAGGUUCUCUCUAAAGGAUAAAUUUAUUCUGAAGUAUAAAGAAUGAAAAUUGAAGAAAAGUUCUGGAGUAAGAGAAAAAAAUAUGGGAAUAGGCCUUCGAUAUGCAUAAAAAGAAUUGAAGAUGGCAAAACGAAUAGAAGAUGGGUUGAUGAGAUAUGAAGCAUGUCUGAAGACAUCUGUAAAUCUUAAAAUUGGAAAGAAGAAUGAAGUACGUGUGAAGUAUAGGGAAGACCGAAAAUUAGUGCAUGGUUUCUUGGUUGGGUAAGAUUGUAUUUUUUUCGUUAUUCUGUGAAAGAAUUAUUUUAACUCGUGUAAAAUGAAAAUAUGUGAAGAAUUUUUUUAAAAUUCAAAAUCAAUACAGUGUCAGAAUGAGUUGACUUUGGAAAGAUUUUAACAUCAAUGGAUUUUAAGUUUCUGUAUUUGUUCAGAUAUUCAUUUUGCUGUAGAUUAUUGGCUUUUAUAGCAGAUUUGUGUAAUGAAUGAUUUGUAUGACUAAACUUGGAGAAACAGUUUCUCAAGCGAUUCCAGCUUCGUAUUGGUAAGUAUGGUCAUCAACUGCUCUGCAAGUAAAAUGGACUGAGGACAAAUGUAUAAAGGAAAGGAACACACAGGAUGAAAUAUUUACUCCAUGGGUGUCUCUUCAACUGGAUACAAAUCAUCAGCUUGUUGAAUUUCCUUGUUGAGAUUUCAAAUUCAAUAAAAGAAAAUGAAAAUCACA